UCCGUGAAGGUUCCUGCUGGUGGUUGGGUCCCACGUUGUACAUCUCUGUGGGAGAGAAGAUGGCUGAGCAGGCCCCCAAAUCCGUUCUGUUUGUAUGCCUGGGUAACAUUUGUCGAUCACCUAUUGCAGAAGCAGUGUUCAGAAAACUUGUAACGGAUCAAAACCUUUUAGAUAAGUGGAUCAUUGACAGUGGUGCUGUUUCUGACUGGAACGUGGGCCGGUCACCAGAUCCACGAGCUGUAAGCUGCCUAGGAAGUCAUGACAUUAACUCAGCUCAUAAAGCAAGACAGAUUACCAAAGAAGACUUUGCCACAUUUGAUUUUAUACUGUGUAUGGAUGAAAGCAAUCUGAGAGAUCUGACUAGAAAAGGUAAUCAAGUUAAAAACUGCAAAGCUAAAAUUGAACUGCUUGGAAACUAUGAUCCACAAAAACAAGUUAUCAUUGAAGAUCCCUAUUAUGGGAAUGACUCUGACUUUGAGACUGUGUACCAGCAGUGUCUUAGGUGCUGCAAGGCAUUUUUGGAGAAGGCAAGCUAAAGCUGCACCGUUCACUGCUGCUAAAGGCCUACUGUGACGAGCACCUUCCCCGCGAUGCUCUGCAGUAUCAGUCGGCGCAGUCACAUUAGUUCCAUAGCUCAGAGUCACAGCUGCUUCUUCAGUUGACCUACUGUUUCUUAUGUGAAAAAUGAUUGUAGAUGGAAAUCAGUUGUGAUUGGCAGAAGAAUAAACAUUUGAUUUAUGGGGUACAUUAAAUCUUCUCCGUUAGUUGAACUUCCCACUUACCCUCAUUAUAAGCAAAGUAGUAAAACAACAAAAUAGAAAAUUUUGUGCAUGUUUUGAAAUGGCAUCAUUAUCUGGUGCUUGCAGUUAAACAUCUAAAGACUGCCUUCACUUGGAAUUGCUUAAUUAUGGUGAUAAUGAAUAAUGAAAUAAAACAUCACUUUAAGGUUCUGGCCAACAAUAGGCCAACUGAGACUUUUAAAUAGCCUGUUCUACCUCUCCAAUAGGUUACAUGGAUAUGUUAAUAAAGGACAAGCAUCCUCUACUUCCCCACAAACUACCUCUCAUCUUUUUAUCCCAGGGCCUUUCAUUGAAUAACAUUCUUCAUCAACCAAUUCUCAUCAGCCUAGAUGAGAUGUAUUCUAAUUUACACACACUUUUAUGUUAAAAGAACAGGUAAAGGAUUAUGGAAAUCAUCUUGCACACCUUUCAUGCUUCUUAAUUUUUAUCUAGUUUAUUUCCUUAGGAAGCCAGCUUAGUUGCUCCUAUUUGAAUCACUUUCCCUCUGAAAAUUCAAUUUUAUCAAAAGGAUACUGCAUGCUGCUUAGUCUUACUUGACAAACAUGUCUUUUUGCAUAUGCAUUUUGGGUUAUCCCAAAUGUCAAAUAGAUAAGUAGACUUAGAACAGGGGAGAGAUGCUUUAAAAAGUUGGCAUAUUGAUAUGUUAAUGAGUUCUUUCAGAAGUGUUUACUAUAUUUAUAGGAGAAUAUGGAUAUUUGUGCCUUGAGGUCACUGUAAUCUCAAAAUCAUUUGCAUAUAUAAGUGAAGAUUGUUUUUAGAGUAAACUGAGGAGUAUAAAAAUAUAACUUGAGAAUUUUGGUGUCUGCCUAUUUUUGCUGAUAAAAAAAAUGAGCAUUAGAAAUCAAGUAGGCCUUUGUCCAUUUCAGUUAUCUAUGUAUUAGGGAGUAAAAUGAUGAGAAUCAGUACGUUCCUUUCAUCUAAUAAUUCUUUAUUGACCAAGAAAGUCAAGGUCAUUGCAACCACAGGUGGUGAUGCCCACUUGUUUGUCCACCACCAUUACUCAGAAGGUGGGUUUCCUUAUUUGAUCCCAACUUCCUUCCACAGACAUACACAACACCUUCCAAAUGUGCCCCUAAGCACAUGGAAGUAUUAAUACUAAUGUUCAGUAUUUCAUGUUUUAAUCCUCCCCAUUCAGAGUGAUUUGAAACCCUAAAAUAACUUUAAAUAUUCAAUCUUCAUAAAGAGGUUGUGAGGCAGCAUCACCUAAAAGAGUACAUAGCAUUUUCUAGGAAGACAUUUGAUUCUCUGGUGGUUCUCAGAACAUUGAACAUUUCAGUGUCACAAAGUGGUGUGGGGUUGGGGGUGUACAUCCUGAAUCCACUUGUGCUUGAAAGGUCAGCCUGUCCCUCAGUGGAGGAGAAGGCGGGUAGCUGAUACUUCUCUGAAAAAUACACGAAGGCAACACUGAUUUCCUUGCAAUGUAAUUAUGAGAAGAAGAGUUUGCAAAACACCUAACUCCACAUGAAUUUCAGUGCCCUAAUAAAAUUAUGUGUGGUUUUCCUAUCUAGAAAACUUUCUAGGAGAUAAAGUUGGAAAGGCUAAAAUAGAUUUAUAAUUUGAUAAUAGUUCCUCCAAAAAAGUGUAAAUUGAGAAAAAAUGGGAAAGCAAUUGACUUGAAUUAGGAAACAAGAUUAAAUGACCUAUCAUACCUGUCUCUAACCCUUUCCUUAAUGGCUUAAGAAUCUCCAGGAAAUUUUUACUGUUCUGUGUGUUCAUAGAUAAAAAUCUUUGUUUGUUUUGUUUUCUCUUUAAUUUUUAUGUCUAUAUCUUGAAUAGCAAACUAAUCUUAGUACUUUAGUGCCAAAUUUUUCUUUUUGGCUAUAAGCAGACAAUAUUGUUGUUUAUAAGGGGUCAUUUAAACUGAGACUCAUUGCUUUAUUUAAUUUACCUUUAUAAAUUGUAUCCAAUCUGAUUAGUGUAAGAUGCAUCUGUCUAUAAAAUCUGGAGUUGUUUAAAGGUC